AUGAAGUUCAGCCUCUUCUCCCUCGUUGCUCUGGCCACUUCGGCCAUGGCUGCUCCUGCUGCUCAGGUUGCUGCUCGUCAGGUCCCAGCUGUCCCGGCUUCUCCCAACGGAGCUGUCACCCAGGUUGAGAGCAUCGCCACCUCUCAGACCGUCACCAAGACAGUGACCAAGAAGAUCACUGCUGUCAGCGUUUCCAACACUGGCGGUGUUGUCAAGGUUCUCACCAUUGCUGUUGAGCAGGUCAAGAGCCAGACCACCACCAUCAAGGAGGUUAUCACAAAGGUCAAGUCCAACGCCAUCUCCAAGGCUGCUGCCGUCAAGGUCGUCACUGCCGAAGUCCACUCCCUCAACGAGCUCCUCACCGCCGUUGUCAACCAGCUCAAGGAUGUCGUCAGCAUCAAGAUCAACAUCCCCGACGUUAAGGUUAUUCUCGGCCUUGUUAUCCAGCUCCUUCACGAGCUUGUCGGUGUCGCUAAGGAGGUCCUGAGCAUCCUCGGCCUCGACAACGUUAUCGGCAGCGCUUUCGAGCUCCUCUUCCAGACCGUCGCCACCCUCCUCGGCCUCGUCACCCAGCUCAUCGGCGACAUCGUUCCCGGUCUCGUCGACAUCCUCUCCAACAUCCUCGACACCCUUUCGGGCACUCCUCUUGGACCCAUCAUCCAGCCCGUCUCCAACAUCUUCGAUGGCCUCACUGGCUACCUCACCCAGGGCACUGCUUAA